UAAAGUUCGUUGCGUUAUGAGUUCUGGUAGGUCUAAGCCGCCCCCGAACAUUCUUGACCGACCUCUGAGCAGGGGUAAGUCUGAGGUGAACUUGAGCACGUGUGCCUUGCUUUUCUCGGAGAUUGUUCAGUACAGUCAACAUAGAGUCUUGUCGGUCGCAGAACUGCAGACAAACAGUUGUAAGGAUUUUAUGGAGUUAUGUUGCUUGCCCAACAGUGAACACCCAACUGUUCUCAUUUCUCAGUUGAGCUUGGAACUAUCCAUGGCAGAGUUUUUGUAUUAUAUUGUGUGGGCAAUGUUUUACUUAUGGACACUCUUUGGCAAAGAAGCUGACAACUUGGAACAUGCAACUGGUGAUGAAUCAACGUAUUAUAUAAUUGAAAAGGAGCCAAUUAUCAACAAGUUCAUCUCAGUUCCAAAGGACAAAAGCAGCUUAAAUUGUGCUUCAUUCAGUGCAGGAAUUGUGGAAGGAGUUUUGAAUGCCACAGACUUUCCAGCGAAAGUAACUGCUCACUGGCACAAAGGCACAACUCUCAUGAUCAAAUUUAAAGACUCAGUACUUUCCAGAGAACGUACCCUUGAUGGUCGGUAAUUGUAGUCGAACCUAGUGACAAGCCGAGUGGGUAGUGAGUGGAUCAGGUGAAAUUGUUUGGAAGUAGGCAAAUGUUGGUAUCAAAGACGAUACAACUAGAUGCAGCUGUUGUAGUUGCUAAUGUUUCUUAUUUAUUACAGGAAGCUUAGAUUUUGUCUUGAACCACUGUCGGUGUUUCUGCUGCAAAAUUUCAUAACAGUUAGGUUAGGUAGAUCUAGCAGAGCUGUGAAUAUGAAUAUAUUUGGUAUCAAUGAGACUUUAUUAGUCAUUGUGACCCUUCUAAAGUCAGCUUGAAAUAGUUUCUGCUACCUUCAAGCGAUUUGUCGGAUUUAUUUUAUGCCGUUUGCAUUCUUAAGGUAUGCGCAGGCUACUAAACAUAACUCUACCAAUACAUGAUAUCAAC